AAAAAAGCAUGAGUUUCUCAACAGUUAGCUGAAAUACAAAGGCAACAAUGCACGACUACAUCCUGCUCUAUGUCUGCCUCUGCUUGUAACAUAAGCAGUGGUGAUACCUCGUGCUCAACCAAGAGCAGACACCCCAGUGGCAAGUUAUUAGGCUGGCCAGUCUGCAGUUACACCUCAGUGAGGUGUAAUGAACUGUUGCUCUCACUGCAUUCAGGCUGCACUGCAGAGCUUUGAGGUGCUGUUUCUGGCAGCUCUGGAAGCCAGAGGUGCCCCCUUUUGCGCAAGGCCAGGGUUGCAGCUCAUCCUACGUGCGCCCACUAUGCACCAGAUUCACUGUCUCAAUGGAAGAGGUACCAGCCUGGGCCCCAGCAGUGGGCUUCACACUCUUGCCCCAUGCAGGAGGAUUUUUAGGAAGCACAAUAACCAAAAAGGAAAUUUUGGUGUGGUAUGAGUCUCUGCAGAAGCCAUCCUGGUGUCCACCUAACUGGGUGUUUGCUCCUGUUUGGGGAACUCUCUAUACAUCUAUGGGAUACGGCUCUUACCUGAUAUGGAAGGAAUUGGGAGGCUUCAAUGAAAAGUCAGUGGUUCCUCUGGGCCUGUAUGCAGGGCAGCUGGCAUUAAACUGGGCAUGGACUCCGAUAUUUUUUGGAGCUCACAAAAUGGGAUGGGGGCUGGUGACUCUCCUGCUCACAACUGGUACUGCAACAGCUACAACUGCUUCCUGGUAUACUAUCAACAAAACAGCAGCUUAUUUGAUGGUUCCUUAUUUAGCUUGGCUAACUAUGGCUUCUGCACUUAAUUACCGUAUCUGGAAAGACAAUUGUGACAAGAAAUCUGAAUAAACAGCUUUUAGCUGAAAAUAUUUUUUCCUUAAGAAUUUUCUAAAUAAAAAAAUGACUUUUUUUUUAAGCUAAAUUACUUACACCGUUACUAUUUGCUAAUAAGUUUGGUAACUGCAGUCCUUGUUUGAAACAAAUGUGUCUUAACUGGGUAAGUCACACAGGAGUUUUAUAGUAAAUUAAAUGAUAGUGCUGAUUGAAAGGUACUAGUUUUCAAUAUUAUAUUACAUUUUACAUGACAACAGCAUUUUAACCGUUACCAGAAAUAAGCACAAAUUGCAACCUCACUACAUUCAGAUGAAGAAAUCCAGCUGUAUAUAAAUACAGCUUCCAGAAAGCUGUUCCAAACAGUUGCAGCCAUGAUUGUGGCCCGAGUCUUUCAUGUGUAUCACUAUACGGAGUGCUUUAGUGUUGUGAAGUGUCUCACUACAGCUGCCAGAUAUUUGUCCUGUAAUCAUUGUAUGUUGCAAGUAUUCAAGACCAAAUCUUUUUCAUAAUUUGUGCCUUGACACUUUGGAGCAUUGUACAGUCUAGGUGUCAGCUAAAUGUAUUAAACUACAUGUAAACUUACUUUCUUCCUCUAUUUUUAUCGUUUCUGAACAAAAAAA